AUGGUCCUCCACACCACCCCUUACACCAGUGCCUGUCUGCACUUCCUGGAUGGCUUAUCGUGGAGCUUGGUGUUCCCCUGCUACUGGCUCCUUGACCGGCUCCUGGCCUCAUGUGUAGCCACCUCGUUGGAGAAGCGCCAGCGCUCCCAGGACCCCUGCUCCUUCCUCACCCUGUGCGUCCUCAUCUCUGCACCCCUUUACUUGCUCCUCCUCCUCACCUCCCUGCCUUUUGCCCUUCUGGGCUUCAUCAUCUGGGCUCCUCUGCAGGCCGUCCGCCAACCCUACUUGUACACCUACCGCAGACCAGACAAACACCAGGCCGAGCAGGGCCAAGCAGGGGGCAUAGGUAAUGCCGAAUGGAGGCCACAGGGCAGAAGCUUCUGUUUCUGUAGUGCCAAUGUAUGCCUGCUGCCCGACUCCCUGGCCAGAUUCAACAACCUGUCAGACACCCACAGGAGAGCCCGUGAGGUGGGGAAGAGGAUCCGCAAUGGUGCCAGUCGGCCUCAAAUAAAAAUCUACGUCGACUCGCCUACCAACACUUCCAUCAGUGCGGUAUCCUUUAGCAGCCUUGCAACAGGUUUCCGUCGAACCUCCUCUCUGGACCAACGUCCAGAGCAAACACACAUCACAAAUGGUCCAGCCGACACUGAAACUGAACCCUUCACCGAGUGCCCAAUUCACCCCUCAGGUGCUGCCGACUGCCCUGUUCACCCUACUGCUGGAGAUCAGGGCUCCUCUGGAUGCCCGCUUCACACAGAUGAAUUAGACACGACGGCAGACUGCCAACUCCACUCUGCAGGGGCUAACAACAACUCUGACUGUCCCGUUCACACCUCAGGAGGGGCUUCAGACUGCCCCAUGCAUUCAACAGGGCAUCAGAAUGUCCCUGGCCAGGAUGAUUGUCCCUUACAUGGUGAAGGGACGCAGCCAAAAUCCUCCACAGACUGCCCACUUCACACCUCAGGUGUUCAAAUCAGCAUCAGCGCACCAGAGCCUGACCCUGAGGAGGAAGAGGCUGAGACAGGGAACCAUCGACCUGAGGAUCAGGGAGGAGGAGACACAAGCAGCAUGACUGCCUCCAGGGAGUCCCUUGCUCGUUACCAUGGAGGUGACUGUGGAGUAGGGAUAACCUCCAACAAUACUCUCUCUCAUGUUCCACGUACGUCAGUCUUUAAGCGCACAGGAAGAAAACGCCGCCAUGGGGAUGAGACGUUCGACCAUGACAUCUCUGCCUUUUUCCCUGCCAACUUGGAUUUCCUGGCUCUACAGGAAGUGUUUGACCAUGGAUCAACGACUAGACUGCGGAGGCAAUUGCAUCGCUACUUUCCCUAUGUGCUGAGUGAUGUUGGGCGAUACGGCUGGAAAGGCUGCUGCUCCAGGUUCAAAUUCCUGAACAGUGGGCUGAUGCUGGCCAGCCGCUACCCUAUUCUGGAUGCGCGAUACGAGUGCUACCCUAAUGGGAGAGGAGAGGAUGCACUGGCAGCCAAGGGGGCCCUGUUUGCCAAGGUUCACGUGGGCACCUCCCAUCAGGAGCAAAGGGUUGUGGGAUAUCUCACGUGUACACACCUCCAUGCCAUAGAAGGUGACUCCUCUGUACGAUGUGAGCAGCUGGACAUGGUGCUCCGGUGGGGGGCCGAGUUUCGUCAGUCCUCAUCCAAAUCGCCUGAAGGAGAGAAAGUGCUAGAGGACCUGGUGGCCUUUGAUGUCAUCCUGGGAGACCUCAACUUCGACAACUGCUCCUCGGAGGACAAGCUGGAGCAGCAGCACGCACUUUUUACCCAAUACAAGGACCCAUGUCGCCUGGGGCCAGGGGAGGACAAACCAUGGGCUCUGGGUACUCUACUGGAUCCCAGUGGCCUUUAUGACGAUGAGGUCAGCUCACCUGAAAGUUUACAAAAAGUGAUGGAGAACGAGGACGGGAGGAAGGAGUACAUGGUGUUCCCCCCCAGUAAGAGCCAGUGUCCCGCCAGCAGUCAGAAGGGGAGGAAGAUCCCACUGAAGGGCAAUGGACGCCGGAUUGACUACAUCCUCUACAGCGAUGAGUGCCUGCAGCAGGACUGGAAACUGGAUAUCGAGGAGUUCAGCUUUGUCACCCAGUUGGCUGGCCUCACCGACCACCUGUCUGUGGCUAUGAGAUUGGCUGUUUCAACUGGGGAGGAGGAGCCAUAG